AUGCUCGACAUUACGCUCCGCCCCCUCAAAGACAAUGUCUUCGCGCCCCUGUCACGCUCCGUGCCAGCCUCCAUCACGCCUAUCCACAUCACCGCGGCCGCCUUCGUAGCCGGCCUGGUGUCGUGCCUCUUUGCCUGCGCCGGGCACCGCACGACGAGUCUCGUCUUCUGGGCUGCGAACCGUGCUCUCGACUGCCUAGACGGCGCCGUCGCCCGUCAUCGCGAUCAGCAGACCGUUCUGGGCGGCUUCCUGGAUCUGCUGGGGGACUUUAUCGUCUACGCCCUUGUGCCCAUUGCCUGUGUGGUCGGGAACGGCUGGAGCGGACAGCAGACGCCUGGUCUGGUCGUGGCUCUGCUGGAGGCUUCUUUCUGGAUCAAUAAUUUUGUGCUGCUGUACAUUGCUGCGCUGGUCGAGAAGGGUAAGGAUGAGCUUACUAGCCUGGCCAUGAGGCCUGCCCUCAUCGAAGGGUUUGAGAGUGCUGUUUUCUUCACGCUCAUGCUGGCCAUGCCGUCACUUGUUGGGGUUCUUUCGGCUGUCAUGUUUGUGGGUGUCGUCUUUGGCACGGGGCAGAGGGUGCGAUGGGUCGUGUUGGCCCUGUCACAGCCAGAGGAGACGGCGAGGAUGAAGAAGAAGAGGUAG